AUGCUGCCGUUUCUGCCAAUGUACAUCCAUCUGGUACUAUCCGCAUUGUUGCCCAUCGUCACCGGAUCGCUCGCAUCCCUAUCACGUCCAUCUUCGGCUGCGAAAUCCGUCCCGCGAUCACGACAAGAACACAACAAAGACGACGACGACGAUGACGAAGACGAGGAACCUCAGAAGAUGGAAGGCCUCACGCCCUCCGACGCCAUUGUCUUCCCCCUCACGGCCGGCGCGGUGCUCGCUGGCCUGUACUUUCUGAUCCAGAGAUACGGCGCCGUGGUGAUCAACUUCAUCCUCGGCUGGUACUUCGCCCUCGUGGGCGUCUACAGCGUGAGCCUCUUCAUCAACGACGCCCUGACCAUCGCCUGGGACCUCGUCCUGCCCGAUUUCUACGUGGACCAGGGGAAAGUCUGGAGAGUAUCGACCCUCGACCGGAAGACCGAGGUGCUGGGGGAGUCCCGAGGAUCGCGAUCGUCCCCGUUGCCAGGUCCGUUGGGCCGCGUGCCGAUCCCGAAGCUCGCGCGGGAUUUCCUCUGGCGCCAACGGGGAGCCUUGAAAACCAAGUAUCUCGUCAAGUGCGAUGCGCGUAAGCCCAGUGUCGAUUUCAAGGCGACGCUGACGCGCCACAACGUCUUCUGCGCCGUCCUGGGCGCCGUCGUCGUCGUCUCCGCGAACACGGUCGUGAAGGCUUGGUACCUCACCAACCUUCAAGGGUUCGCCGUCUCGUAUGGCGCCCUGCAAUUGAUGUCGCCCACUUCGUUCGGCACGGGCAGUCUCAUCCUCUCCGCGCUGUUCGUCUACGAUGUCUGGGCGGUGUUCUUCACGCCGCUCAUGGUCACCGUGGCGAAGAACCUCGACGUCCCGAUCAAGCUGGUCUUCCCGCGGCCGGAUGAUGCGAGGAGUUUCAGCAUGCUCGGGUUAGGCGACAUCGUGAUCCCGGGGAUCAUGAUCGCCAUGGCUUUGAGGUUCGAUUUGUACCUGUUCUACCUGAAGAAGCAAACGUACUUUCGAGCAUCGCUUUGCGGAUAUGUGGCGGGCAUGAUCGCGACGCUCGUCGCCAUGAACGUUUCCGAUCACCCACAGCCUGCCCUGCUCUAUCUCGUCCCCGGCGUCUUGACGAGCUUAUGGACGGCCAGCCUUGUCCGCGGCGAGUUGAAGCUGAUGUGGGAGUUCUCCGAGGGCAUCGACCUGGAAGAGGACCACAACUCGAAAUCGAACGAAGCCAAGACUAGCGACAAGGAGAAGGUUUCAUCCGAUCAGAGCAGCGGCUGGUGGAGUUGGCUGACCGGAACCACUUCAGCGAGCAAAUUGGAUGAAGUCGAGAAGAAAGCGGCAAGCGGCAAAGACGAAAACGGCUCUGCAGAUUCUAAGAGCGAAGCAGAGGUCAAGAAGAUCGACGAAUCUCCGGACUCCGGUCCUUCAAAGGCGACAAAGAGCGUCAAAGACGACCUCGUGUUUUCAUUCACGGUGACUUUGGCCCGGCCGAAAGCACGCGCACACACAGAGACGCCACGCUAG